AACAACUUCUAGACGAAUACAAUCGUUCAAGCUACACCGUCCAUCUUAUCACUGAAAAUGGCUGAACGAUUACACCGCAAUCGACUAACACUGGCCCCUGUCGAUCUGAAACAUUUUAACAAGUGCAAAAUCAUAUUUGAUGUUGUUUAGUUACGUGCUAAGUGUGGAGUGAUAUUUUAAAUAUGUCGUCAGCUUCGUCGACCACAGGAAGAAAGAUGGUGUUAAGUACGCUACUAGAGACUGAUCACUAUGAGAGCAUAAUCAAAGAGCUGACUUGUACCAAAUGUAAACAGUACAUGAAACCUCCAAUAUACCUUUGCGUCGAUGGCCAUAGUAUAUGCUGUAAAUGCUAUGAAAAGAGUUAUCAAUGCCAUAUUUGUCUGAAAGAAUUUGCUCUCAUCCGUCCAGUCGUACUGGAAUCUCUAGCCAAUAAAGUGUUAUUCCCUUGCACUAAUGGGGGAUGCCCAAAACACGCGACACUUCCAGUAUUGGAAAAGCACACACCCCACUGCCAAUUCCGCAUAAUUAACUGUUUCAUGGCUAGAGUCUAUGGUAAUUGUGCAUGGGAGGGUCGGGCCGGCGAAUGGAUGGACCAUUGCUUUUUGGAGCACAAACAAAAGGUGACCGAGUUGCCUUUUAUCACUAUUAAAGAUAAAUGGGAUGCUAAACGGACAGAGCCUGUUCUCAACUAUUUUUUACUGAAAUGCUUUGAAAAGAUUUUUAACGUCUACCAGAUAUACGACAAAAGAGGUGGUAGAAUGAUGUGGACUGUUCUUGUGAAUGAUGAACACGCUGAUAAAUUUUAUUUUGAAGUGGAUAUUUUUUUACCAAAUCUUCCUUGCAAAAGGAUUGUUUAUAGACGGCCUUGUAAGUGCGAAAAAGAUGCUGAUUUUCUCGAGCACACUCAGAACGUCUACAUUCCCGUUGAGAACGUGUUUUCAAUGCUGGACGAGGAUGAAUCACUGAAUUUCACUGUUAGAAUUGGCGAGGUUGAAAACUUGCCCCUACUAGAAACGCCCACGGCGAGCGAAAGCUUGAUACUACUGAACAACGAUGAACAUAAAGAGGAUUAAAACAGUCUAUUGUGUCAUUCUCAACUUCAACGUUAAAUAAAUGUUUGUGGUAUAGAAUAUUCUUUGAGCUUUAGUUAUAACUAAAGUAUGUUGUUAGUUGAUUGUUGUUGCCCCCUUAAUAAAUUUUUUGUAUUGUU